GGCAAGGUGGGGACGGCAUUGUGGUGACACCGCUGCCUUCCAGCUGCUUCCCGGGUCACCGCCUCUGGAGGAUUUUAGCCCAAGUUUCAUUUUCGGUUUGUUUUUAUUCUGCCACUUUUCGCGGGGAGGGAAUUAAAUGGAGAAAUUGCGGAGAGUUCUGAGCGGCCAGGAUGACGAGGAGCAAGGCCUAACGACGCAGGUCCUUGAUUCAACUUCACUCAGCUUUGGGACAAGGGUGAAAUGGUUUGCAAUAUGCUUUGCCUCUGGAGUUUGUUGUUCAAUUCUUGGAACAAUUUUGCUCUGGCUUCCGAAUGGAAUAAAAUUAUUUGCCGUUUUUUACACAUUAGGAAAUAUUGCUGCGCUUACCAGCACCUGUUUUCUCAUGGGACCACUGAAGCAACUGAAGAAAAUGGUUGACCCAAACCGCUUGGUUGCCACCAUUGUUAUGUUGCUGUGCUUCAUUUUAACAUUAUGUGCAGUGUUUUGGUGGCACAAGAAAGGACUUGCUCUAAUCUUCUGCAUAUUACAGUUCCUAGCAACAACUUGGUACAGCCUGUCAUAUAUUCCUUUUGCAAGAGAUGCUAUAAUAAAGUGUUGCACCUCUUGCGUUGGAUAAGUCCAGGAAGAAGGAAAAACUUGUUAAAUCCCAAGACUCUUUCCAAUGGCUCUUUGUGGCCACGGAGAAAGAUCUACAGACUGCAUAUUUUGUUACUUUGGUAACUAAGUACCACGUAUUUGUUUAUUUUGAUGUAUUACAAAGAAAAUGAUGUAAUAUUUUGUUUUUUAAAUCUCUACUGCACAUUACUGAUUAUACUGAACCAAAGAAUCAAGCCUUCAUCCUUUUACAAGGAAUUUCUAUCUCUAAAAGUAAUUAUUUCACAUUUGAUACCAUUCUGAUGCAUUUACCUUACUUAUGCCUUAAAUUGCUGUGCUGAUGUGAUAAAUAGAUUCUACUGAUACAUUUGUGUAUAGCUAAUGUAAUUAUAAUGAACAUGUAUUUUGCAAUGACUAAAACUGUGUGCCACUUUCUGCUGAAUAUUCCUAUUACUAGAAAUGAGCCUGUUUAUAAAAUUUGAAGCAGCAUUUCACUUAAUUAAAGAUCCGCUACUUGAUUAAAA